AUGGCAGUACUAAUUGCAUAUGAGAAUGGGUUGAUGAUUUAUUGGGAUGUUUCUGAACCUAAAAUUUCUUUUGUUGGAGGUGAUAAGGUUCUCCAAUUGAAGAAUGGAGUCGUUGAUUAUCCGAGUGAAUUGGAUUCUAAUCUUUCUGACAGUAUACUUGAGCAUCAUCAACAAGAAAAAGAAAUAAAUUUUCUUUGUUGGGCAUCAUCAAAUGGGUUCAUUCUUGCAAUCGGGUACAUAGAUGGAGACAUCUUGUUUUGGAAUACAUCAAAUUUUGGCCCUACUAAAGGUCAACAAAUAGGAUCAAGCAACGACGUUGUUAAGCUAGAAUUAACAUUUGUUAAAAAGAGACUCCCUAUUAUUGUCUUUCAUUGGUCCGUUGACAAUGAAUCUUGUAAUAACAGUAAUGGGCGACUUUUUGUCUAUGGUGGUGCUGAAAUAGGAUCUGAAGAAGUUCUUACAGUUUUGAGUCUUGAAUGGUCAUCUAGGAUGGAUGCUUUAAGAUGUGUUGGCCGCAUAGACCUUACACUCAGGGGCACUUUCGUAGACAUGAUUUUGUUACCAGCUUUUGGGGCGAAAGGGGGUCAUCACAAAGCUGAUCUUUAUGUAUUAACAAGUCCUGGGCAACUGCAUCUUUAUGAUGGUGCUGGUCUGUCUGCCUCUCUGUCUCAACAAGAAACAAAACCAUCUGUCUUUGCGGUUGAAUAUCCUGGGGUGAUACCUACAGUUGAUCCAGUAAUGACUGCAGCAAAUUUUAGUGCAUUUAGCAUGGGUGGAAACUCAUCAAAAGCCUCUCUCAUGAAACUUAGCUCCUCACCUAUCCUGGCUGGCGAAAUUAAGUGGCCUUUUAUUGGGGGUUUACCCAGUCAGUUGUUUGUCACUAGAGAUCACAUUGUCAAUAAGGUAUAUGUGGCUGGUUAUCAGGAUGGAAUUGUUCGGAUAUGGGAUGCCACAGACACUGUCCUGAAACCUAUAUUUGUUCUAAAGGGAGAGGUGCAAGGUAUAGAAGUGGCUUGCUCUAGUGCACCAGUAUCAACUUUGAAUUUCUCUUUCCUAAAUUCGACUUUGGUUGUUGGCAACGAAUGUAGUCUGGUUCGUAUUUAUAACCUCAAUAGCAGCACAGGCGACACGAAUAUUCACUUCGUCUCAGAAACUAAACAUGAAGUCCACAUGUUGCCCGAAGGGAAAGGAACUCACUGUAAAGCUGUUUUUUCUCUUGUCAAUUCUCCUGUUCGAGCCCAGCAGUUUGCAAAUAGUGGAGCUAAACUUGCUGUGGGAUUUGAAUGUGGUCGUGUUGCUGUGAUUGAUAUAAAUUUCUUAUCUGUAAUGUUCGUCACUGAUAGCACUUCUGGCUAUAGCUCACCUGUUGUUUCAAUGAUUUGGUCAGAAUAUGGUAAUAAACACAGCUUUGUGAAAAGCCCAAAUCAUUUAGAAACAAAAAUUACAGUCAAUCUUGAAGAUGAAGUAAUCUUCAUCUUACUCAAGGAUGCGAAGCUUUGCAUUAUUGACGUUGCUACUGGGAACAUGAUAGGAUCCCGUCCAUUGAACUUGAAGAAAGAAGCAACUAGGAAACCACAGUAUCUGGCUUUACCACUGAAAAGCAGCCUGUGCAGUCUGUCAAGAAUAACAACCCCUAAAACGGAUCGAAUGCCUGAUGCUACUUCAGUUGAAACUAAUUCACCAGAGACUGAACAUCUCUCCUCUCUAGAAUUUGAAUGUUCAGGAGAAAGACUAUCAGAUGCCCUAGGAAACAAAAAAAGCAUUCAUAAAGUGAAGCAUGCAAAACCUUGCUGUUGGACCACAACCUUUAGCAAAGAUGGAAAAUUGUGUGGACUGGUGUCACUGUUUCAGUCUGGAGUGGUUGAAAUCAGAUCUUUGUUUGAUUUAAAAUUGGUGAAAGAGACUUCUUUAAUGUCAAUUCUGGGGUGGAGUUUCAAGGCAAACAUGGAUAAGAAAAUUAAUGCAAAUAAUGGGCAGAUAACUCUGGUAAAUGGAUCUGAAGUGGCUUUUAUCCAUCAAUUAGAUGCUGAAAAUGAUGAACAAAAUUCUAAAGACUAUCAUUGUUCUAGGUUUCUGGAGUCUUUGUCUUGUCUUCAUGAUAAAGUUCUUGAAGCUGCUGCAGAUGCAGCCAUUACUGUCUGUUCAAAUCAGAAGAAAAAACAGGGCAAUGCAUCAGGGAUUCUUGGUGGUAUUGUCAAAGGCUUUAAGGUGAGGAAAGAUAGCCAUGCUGUGGCUCCUAAGUCCAGUUUUACUCAUUUAGGGGGAAUAUUUUUGAAGCCCCCAUUCCCAGAUUCAUCUCCUACUGUAACAGAAGAUGAGAAAGUAGCAGAGCUAAAUAUAGAUGACAUUGAAAUAGAUGAAACACAUUCUGUGGUAGCCACUUCCUCUCAUGAAGUAGCUCAUAUGAAGAAAGAUAAGGGAACAACUAGAGAAAGAUUGUUAGGUGAACCUGAUGAUACAAAGCCUAGAGUGAGGAUAUAUGAAAAAAUUAUCACUAAAUAUAGGACAAACGAGGUAGUUUCAGAUUACAGGUUUGGUUUUACAAGAAACAGCAGUUUCAAAUGAAUAUUAGAGCACAAUUCCACAACUUCAACAGCUAUAUCAUGGUUAAGUUGGUAACUAAUUUUGAGAACUUUCACCUAAUUGUGUCCUUGUAAAUCGGCAUGUGUCAGUAGUAUGUUCUGAUUGCCUUUCUAAACAGGCUAUCUCUCUGUUACUUCUGUCAGAAAAUUAGCAGGCGAACUGCAGAGUUGCAAAGCGGGGCGGAAGAUUUUGCAUCCUUAGCAAAUGAGCUUGUUGAGGCAAUGGAAAAUCGAAAAUGGUGGCAAAUAUGAAUAUAAUCUUGCUCAACUUGCACAUAAUUUGAUUGUUCAUUAUUUAUUCUAAUCCUGGAGUUUGAGUCAUGGGAAACACUGAGUUGCCCUGAAAACAAGAUUCGCAGGCUCAUGUCGGCAAUAGACAUCCAACUAAGAAUGUGAACUUGAUGAUUUAAUUUUUGUGAGAUUGAAUUUUCACCGUGGCUUAUGUAAGUGGGAGGCAAUCUUGCUUGAUUCAGUAAUGGCCUUCAAUUGUAAGCUUUCUAUUCCA